AUGAAUACGAAGAACUUGUUGCCGAUGAGCAAGGUCAAAAUAGCGCAACGUUGGAAGCAACUCAAGCAGCAUAUACUGAACCAGCCGCAACAUAGGCCGGUACAACACGAAGCGCAGCAGCAGCAGCAGUCGCUGCCGCCACAACCACAAUCACCCAAGCACCCGCCUCAACAGCAUACGCAGCCGCUCCAGCAGGCUCUACCAAAGCUCCAGGCGCAGCAGGGGCAACAGGCGCUAGAGCUAGCAAUCGCGCCGCAGCAGCAGCAGAGGCAACAGCAGCCAACGCAGGCGCCUCAAUCUUCCUGCGUGGCGUCUGCAGCAAACGACCCAGCAACAUUUGUUCCCAUUAAUCCAGCAACCACAAAAAAAACAACGGCAACAACGGCGGCCAGAGUUUUCUCGCGUUACGAUAGUCUUGAAGAGCUGCAGCAGCGUACGAGCAGAAGUGGAAGCGCAAUCGGAAUAUUGCCAGUGGUCGCGGCACAGGGUCCACAAGGAUCGCGUGGCAGUAUAGCAGUUGGAGCUGGUGUUGGCGCGGCAGGUUUGUAUGCAUCUGCGGGUGGUCGUUUACCAGUAGCAGGUGGCGUUAUCAGCAAUAGUGGAAGCGGCAGCGGUGUUGGUGUGCGCGGUUCGGGAGGUUCCCGCAGUGGUAGCAUAGCAGUUGGAGUGGAUGGUCAUCGUGCAGUGCUGAGUAGCAGUGGAGCAGGCGUGGUAUUACCAGCUGGUCAGAAGUUAAGUAGGAGCAGUGUGAAUGGCUAUUCAACGGCAGCUGCAGCGGUUGGUAUUGGUGGUGGUGUUGGCAUCGGAGUUGGCGGUGGAGCGAGCGGCUGCGGAGUCAGUUCUUCACAAUUAGUAGGUAGCACUACAUCGACGGCACGAGGGCGUCUUUCAAUCAGUUCACCAUCUGGCGCUAGCGUGGCGCUGGUGGUGCAGGUGUUGGUCAAGGAAGUAGUGCUGUUGGUUCUGGUGCGGGUAGCGGAGCUCCCGGGGCUGGCGGUGUUGCUGGGGCAGGUAUUCCUAAGCGCCAGGGAAGCUUUUCAAAUGUUUUCUCGAAAUUAA